AUGGAGUCAUUGUCUGAGGAGUCAUUGUCUGAGGCAUCACCAUUCGCGGCACCACCAUUCGUGCCAGAUCUAGAUAUCGUUCUGGAGGAGGAAAAACCAGAAGAUAUCUAUGAGAAAGAUUGGGUGAGGUUGAAUGUAAAAGCGUGUGGGAUGAUUCGCUCAUGUCUUUGUAGAGAACAAAAAUAUCCAUUCAUGAAAGAGAUGUCUACCAAUAAGUUAUGGAAGGCGUUGGAAAACAAAUACAUGAAAAGAAGUACGAAUAUCAAUAGCCAUAUUGAUACAUUUAACAAGUUAAUUGCUGAUUUCUUAAAUUUGGAUCAAACAUUCAAAGAUGAACAUAAAGCUAUGUUAUUGAUUGGAUCUCUUCCGGAUGAGUUGGAUCAUCUUAGUAUUACACUUCUUCAUGGGAAAGAAAAAUUAUCCUUUAAAGAAGUUUGUUCUGCUCUGUCUAAUCAUGAAAUUCGGAAAAAAGAUCAGAAGGAGAAUAGAGAUGAGUAA